CCCGCCCCUGUCGCUGUGGUUACGAGUCAAGAUGGCGGAAGAGGGCGCUCCGGGCCGGCGCGGUGAGCGGGAGCGGAGCGAGGAGGCGCCGGCGGAGCGCGGCCCCGGCGCGGCUUUUCACAUGUUCGUGCUCAUGGAGGACCUGCUGGACAAGCUGAAACUGCUGAACUACGAGGAGGAAGCGCUGCGGCGCCACAACAUGCGGCCUCUAUCCAGGCACUACUUUGCGCUGCCCACCAAUCCCGGUGAGCAGUUCUUCAUGUUCUGCACGCUUGCCGCUUGGCUGAUCAGCAAAGCGGGACAUCCCUUCGAGCAGCCGCAGGAGUACGAUGACCCCAAUGCAGUGAUUUCAAAUGUGCUCUCAGAGCUGCGGUCCUUUGGAAGGCCUGUGGAUUUCCCUCCCUCAAAAUUAAAGGCAGGCUGCGGAGAACAAGUGUGCUAUGUUCUUGAUUGUUUAGCUGAAGAAGCCUUGAAACACACUGGGUUUAGCUGGAAAAGGUGCAGUACACUUCUAAGCAUCCUCCCUUAUGCAUUGUUUUCCAGCAAACAGAUGCCAGCAUACCUAGCAGAAGAGCCAGAAGAAGAAGAAAUAACAGAAGAUGAUGCAGAAUUAACACUUAGUAAAUUGGAAGAGGAUGUUGCAGAAGAAGAGUCAGACCAUGAAGAAAAUUAUAUUGACCUGAAUGUUUUAAAGGCACAAACGUACAGAUCAAACAUGAAUGACACUGCAAAGCAAGAAGAGAUUUUGCAGUCCACAACAGAUGCAGCAGAGUGGAAUCUGGAAGUGGAACGUGUGCUUCCACAGCUGAAAGUCACAGUCAGGACUGACAAUAAGGAUUGGAGGAUUCAUGUAGAUCAAAUGCAUCAGAAUAAGGAUGGAAUUGAUUCUUCUUUGAAAGAAACUAAGGGUUACCUUGACAAACUCCAUAAUGAAAUCAGCAGAACACUGGAAAAGAUCAAUAGCAGGGAAAAGUACAUCAACAAUCAGUUGGAGCACUUGGUUCAAGAAUACCGUUCAGCACAAGCCUUGCUGAGUGAGGCUAAAGAGAAGUACCAAGAGGGAAGUGGAGGAGUAACUGAAAGGAUUAGAGUGCUUUCUGAGAUUACAGAAGCAUUAGAGAAAGUAAAACAGGAAACAGAAGAGAAAGGAAGCAGUAUGACUGAUGGUGCUCCUCUAGUGAAAAUUAAACAGGCCUUAACAAAAUUGAGGCAAGAAACCAUUCAGAUGGACAUACAGAUUGGUGUGAUGGAACACACAUUGCUGCAGUCAAAGCUGAAAGAGAAAUCCAGUAUGACUAGAGAUAUGCAUGCAACAGUGAUUCCAGAAUCCAUAGUAGGUGCCUAUUAAAAUUGGUUGGAGCUGACUUGGUUUGCCCAAAAUGUAGUUUUCUACAUUUGCUUUUUUCUGAGUUCGGAGGUUUUGUUUAUGUUGCGGUAGUAGAAUGUUCUUUUUUCCUGUUCCUUUUGAUGCUUGUUAAAAGAUGCACUUUUUUAAGAAGUAACGUGCACACUUUAGACUCAAGAGGGAGCCAUGUUUAGUUUUGUGCUGUGAAGAUUUACUGCAUAUCUCUUCCAAAUAUAUUAAUAAAGUCUUGAUAGUGAGAUGUGUCUAUUUCUUUGUAGAAUGUUAUGUAGUGUGAAAGUCUAUAGAAUGAUGCUGACAGCCUGUAAUCUUGAUACUCUGCAGUGCUGAAAGGAGCUGCUUGCAAAGGACUUGAAAGGAAGGUCAAAUGUCUGUCAUUGCCACUUACAUACAUAUAGAGAAAGUAUUUAAUUAAUUAAGUAUUUAAUUAUUUCAAUGAUACUGAAAUAAUACAGUAUUACCCUUUCUAAUCGGCUAGGUUAAAACUGGUAUCAGCUGCAAGACUCCUCUAACAUUAGCAUUAAUAUCAAAAUCUGUAUAAGACCAAAGAAGGUGAAAAGUAUUGUUUGGAAAUUACUCUUGGCUUUCUAAUUUUUUUCCAUGUGCCAUCACCCUUUCAGAAUCAUGUUAUAUUAGCAUUGGGUCAAAUUGUGCUUUCAUUUGUAGUAUUUAGAAGAGCUCUGUGGACCAGAUUUGGAUUAUUCUUGUUUUCUGUUCUUGUGUCAGAACACCCACUUUUGAUUUCUGUGAAGGAAAAAUGUUGCCAAAUCUAGUUGAGUAAUAUAGAACAAGAAGAAAAAUGUAGGAGGAAGGGGUUGGGAAUGUAAUGGCAACAGGGAGCUUGCUUUGUCUUAGUAAAUGUGUAGGUAGAGAGUGAUUCUAGAUGUUAGUGGUAAUGAAGGAGUAUGGAGAAAAGAAAUAACCUUAUUAAUGUACUAGUACAUCCUUUUGGUUCUGGUUGUUCAUGAGCCAUAAACGAUAUUAGUACAAUUCCAGUGACAUUAAAAUCCACCGAACUUCUGCAGGCUAUUCCAUUCAUCUGACAAAUAAUUUCUCUCACUUAAAUGUGAGCAGUAUCUUGCAGAAUCGGUGGACUAGUUCUGUGUCUAAAAGUCAAGAUAUAUGACACAGUCAGUACUAUGAGCCAGUAUAAGUUUGUUGUGCUUCAAUAUUUCAUUUGCCAAAAAA